UAGUGAUGAUAUAGACAAAUUUAUGGUAAAUUUAAAUCAGAUAUCUGAAAAAUUAAUAGAUUAUAUUUAUGUACUUGACGUAAAUAGUGAGGAAACUAUUCCAGCACUUAUAGAUAUAUUUGAUUCUAAGACUGUUGAAAAAUCUUUAAAUUUUUUUAUUAAUCAAUUGUAUGUAUAA